GCAGCCCCCCCAGCCCGAGCGGCUCUCGGCACCGGGGACAGCAGCGAGCGGCUGCUCCUUCCGCGGCGGGAGCGGGGGCGCGGGAUGUGAGGGGCGCGCCCGGCCGAGCAGGGAAGUCCCGUCGCCGGGAAGGGAGUCGGGAGCUCCUCCGCGCUGCAAGGAUACUGCAUUUCUGAGAACCAAGAUCUCUCCUGGACAUUUCAAAGGACUACAUAGAGGACCUACUUUAUUCUCAAGGGACCCAAGUUACUAGGACUUUUAAGUCAGUCCUAGUAUACGGAUGUGGACUUCAGGUAGAAUGAGCAAUGCAAAGAACUUGUUUGGACUUGGUGUCUCCUUGUAUUUUUGGGGACUGAUGGACCUUACUACAACUGUGCUGUCAGGAAGUGCCAGCCCCCUCACUGAAGGGCAAGAAGACAACCUGUCAGACAAGCUGCAUCAGCGUAUGAAGAGGAGCUGGGUGUGGAACCAGUUUUUUGUUCUGGAGGAAUACACAGGAACUGACCCUCUCUACGUUGGGAAGCUCCACUCUGACAUGGACAGGGGAGAUGGCUCCAUCAAGUACAUCCUCUCAGGAGAGGGAGCUGGCAUUGUGUUCACAAUUGAUGACACGACAGGGGACAUUCAUGCCAUUCAGCGGCUGGACCGGGAAGAAAGGUCACAGUACACCCUCAGAGCACAGGCUCUGGACAGGAGAACGGGCCGGCCCAUGGAACCAGAGUCAGAGUUUAUCAUCAAAAUCCAAGACAUCAAUGACAAUGAACCCAAGUUCCUGGAUGGACCUUACGUAGCCUCUGUUCCAGAAAUGUCACCAGUGGGCACCUCUGUUAUCCAGGUGACAGCGACAGAUGCUGAUGACCCAACCUAUGGGAACAGCGCGAGAGUCGUAUACAGUAUUCUCCAAGGACAACCAUAUUUCUCUGUGGACUCUCGGACAGGCUUAAUUAGAACAGCUCUAAUGAACAUGGACCGAGAAGCAAAAGAAUAUUAUGAAGUGAUUAUCCAGGCCAAGGAUAUGGGUGGACAGCUGGGAGGAUUAGCUGGAACAACCACAGUCAACAUCUCUCUCUCUGAUGUCAAUGACAAUCCACCCAGAUUUCCACAGAAGCAUUAUCAGAUGAGUGUGCUGGAGUCAGCUCCCAUCAGCUCCACCGUGGGCCGUGUGGUUGCUAAAGACCUGGACGAAGGCAUUAAUGCAGAGAUGAAAUACAGCCUUGUGGAUGGAGAUGGACUGGAUGUCUUUGAUAUUAACACUGAUCCUAAUUACCAAGUUGGCAUCAUCACUGUAAGAAAGCCUUUAAGUUUUGAGAGCAAGAAAAGCUACACCUUGAAGGUAGAGGGUGCCAACCCUCACCUGGAAAUGCGGUUCCUGAACCUGGGUCCCUUCCGUGACACCACCACUGUCCACAUCAGUGUGGAGGACGUGGAUGAGCCUCCUGUGUUCGAGCCCAGCAUCUACUUUGUGGAAGUGCCCGAGGAUGUGGAGAUUGGGACCACCAUACAGAUCAUUUCUGCCAAGGACCCAGACGUGACCAACAACUCCAUCAGAUACUCGAUUGACAGGAGCAGUGAUCCGGGACGGUUCUUUUAUGUCGACAUAACAUCGGGAGCACUGAUGACCGCAAGACCUCUUGACCGGGAGGACAUUUCUUGGCACAACAUCACAGUGCUGGCCAUGGAGCUGAAUAACCCCUCACAGGUGGGCAGCGUCUCUGUGACAGUGAAAGUCCUGGAUGUGAAUGAUAAUGCGCCAGAGUUUGCGAGAUUUUAUGAAGCUUUUGUUUGUGAAAAUGCCAAAGCAGGCCAGCUGAUCCAGACAGUGAGUGCCAUUGACAGGGAUGACCCACAGGAGGGUCAGCACUUCUACUACAGCCUGGCACCAGAGGCAGCCAACAACCCCAACUUUACUCUAAGGGACAAUCAAGACAAUACAGCAUGGAUUUUGACACGGCGCUCUGGCUUCAGACAAAAUGAGCAGAGCACCUUCUACCUGCCCAUCCUGAUCAGCGACAACGGGCGCCCGGUGCUGAGCAGCACGGGCACGCUGACCGUGCACGUGUGCAGCUGCGACCAGGAGGGCGUGGUGAUGUCCUGCAACGCCGAGGCCUACGUCCUGCCCGUCAGCCUCAGCCGAGGGGCCCUCAUCGCCAUCCUCGCCUGCAUCUUCGUCCUGCUGGUGCUGGUGCUCCUCAUCCUCUCCAUGCGGCGCCAGCGGAAGCAGCCAUACAUCAUUGACGAGGAGGAGAACAUCCAUGAGAACAUCGUCAGGUAUGAUGACGAGGGCGGCGGGGAGGAGGACACGGAGGCCUUCGACAUCGCCGCCAUGUGGAACCCGCGGGAGGCCCAGCUGGUGGUGAAGAACCGGCAGGACAUGCUCCCUGAGAUAGAGAGCCUCUCCCGAUACGUGCCUCAGGCGUGCAUCAUGGACAACAACGUCCACAACUACGUGCUCGCCAAGCUGUACGAAGCUGACAUGGACCUGUGGGCACCUCCCUUCGACUCCCUGCAGACCUACAUGUUUGAAGGGAACGGCUCGGUGGCGGAGUCGCUCAGCUCCUUACAGUCCGUGACGACAGACUCAGACCAGAGCUACGACUACCUGACGGACUGGGGGCCGCGCUUCAAGAAGCUGGCUGAGAUGUACGGGGCCACGGACAGCAGCGGGGUUCUGUGGUAACAGGAGAGGAAUGGCAGAGGGCUUUCCAUGUGAAACGGUGUCCAGUUCGGUCCAUUCUCAUCAGAUGCUUCCACGGACAUGGGUGAGGCCUCAUGAAAAAAUAGCAAUACAGUGCUUGGAUGAGAAUGGGAAGAAGGGUGUGAAUGAAAGUCUCUCUGGAUCAGCUUUACUCAGUUAAAUUAAGUCACAUUUUUGAGCCUAUGAGAAACAGAAGGAAGGAAGUUUUUUCCUGGUUCUUACAGCAAAAUUGGAGAGCUCCACGGCAUUGCUCUCUCUCUCUCUCUCUCUCUCUCUUCCUUUCUCUCCCCUUUGUACACGGCAGCUUACUGAGCUCUAUACAUCAGGGUUCAAAGAUCUAUAAACUCCAACUGUAAUCUCCAACUCACUGAG